GGGUUAACUGGAUGUUGAUGAUCACUGUCAAAUGCCUGAAGUACACUGAAGUUAUAAUUUUACAUUUUGAUUACUGUCUAACUGAGUUCACGGGUUCAAGUCCUGGAAACAGCCUCUUACAGAAAUGUAGGUAAAGGCUGCGUACAAUAGACCCAAAGUGGUCGGACCCAUCCCCGGACCCUGCGCAAGCGGGAGCUACAUGCACCGGGCUGCCCUUUUGUCGCGAUAUCUUAUGGGUUUCACCUCUAGCCUACCCCAACUUGUUUGGGACUAAAGGCUUUGUUGUUGUUGUCGUUGUAUUACUGUCUAACUGAGUUCUGUAUUCAUGUUUUAUGAGUUUGUCCAAAUGAAGGAACUGUGAGCAUAGGGUGUUGAUUCAAGAGGAAAACCCUAAGUAGGAAGGAAGGAAUAAGUAACUGGAAGAAGAAAGAAGUCACCUGAGUUUCCAGAAAACCCUUGGGGAAGACAAGAAAAGAAUGAAGUACAGACAAAGCAAAGCUCUAAUCCUCCUCAGAUAAUUUUCUGAUGCCCCUCUCCAUUUGCAGUAACGCAUUGCUUCAUACCCCCUACUUAUAGAGGAUUGUACACCACCUUGGCUACAAAGUUACAAGGCGAGGAGACAACUUUGAAAGCGAUGGCUGUCCCACAAGUUGACAAGAAAAUGCUUGGUGAACUUGAAGUUAUGGGAUUCCCCGCCGUUCGUUCAAUUAGGGCACUUCAUUAUUCUGGUAAUUCCAAUCUUGAAUCUGCGAUAAAUUGGCUUCUGGAACAUGAAAGUGACCCAGACAUUGAUCAGCUACCAUUGGUUUCAAGAGAAAUCAGCAUUGAAUGUGGUGACACAUCAAGCGAAGUGAGAAACAGCGUUCAAGGAAUGAGCUUGAAUCUUGGAAUGCAUGGGUACCUCACAAAAAGAAACAGAGGGUUAUUAUUACGAUUUACGGACUACCGAUGGAGAAUAUGCAUUCAUGAGAAGCUUAUCUACUCCAAGACCCAUGCCCAGGCGAGAAAACCAGAAGAGCAAACUACAGCUGGAAGUCAGAAGGAGACUUCAGAGGUGGAAAGAGAACUCAAUGCCAAUGAACAUGAGGAAGAGGAUAGAAAGAGGGUUUUAGCACUACAUAAGUCAAAGCGUGACGAGGAAGAAAAAGCACGAGGGAGAAUCAGAAAUCAACUUCAGGAGGAUAAGAGGGAGAGGAUUCAAGCUGCUAAAGAUGUUAUCGAAGCAAAACGGACUCUUGAAGAAAAUCAAAGAAAACGCAUGAUGGAAAGUCGAAAAGCAGAACAAGAGGAGGAGAAAAGAGCAAGAGAGAGAAUCCGUCAGCGUAUAGAGGAUGAUAAGGCAGAAAGAAGGAGAGGGCUUGGUUUGCCACGGGAAAAUACAGUAGCAUCAGCUCCGAUAGUAACUCUCGCAAAGGUAAAACCUAUUGAACCAGUUGUAACAUCAGAACAAUUGAGAGAUUGCCUACGAACUCUGAAAAAGAAUCACAAGGAUGACAACGCUAGAGUGAAAAGAGCAUUCCAAAUAUUGCUGAAGAUAGUCGCCAACAUAGUAAAGAACCCAGAAGAGGAGAGGUUCAGGAGGAUUCGACUAAGCAACCCUGUUUUCAAGGACAGGGUGGGUAAUCUGCAAGGCGGCGUAGAGUUCCUGGAGCUGUGCGGGUUCCAGAAGCUCAGGAACAACAGCUACCUGGUCAUGCCGAGGGGCAAGGCCGACGUGGCGCUCCUCAACGCGGCGGGGGUCGAGAUCGCGUCUGCCAUGGAGAAUCCCUACUUUGGGCUGCUCUCCAAGUGAGCGGGACAGCCUGCAUUCAUCUCUGCUUCACCAUUAAGAGCUCAUCUAUAUUCGGUACUACGAGCUUUGUAAAUAUUAAAAACCUUUGUGGCAAUGAAGUGUGAGUACCAGCGAAUGGACGGCACGGCGCUGUAGCUCAUAGAUCUCGUCGAUGGGAUCUAUCCCCUGUAUGUAACUGAACAAAUUGUGUUCCAGUAAAUCUCAUGAUUUGUUGGCAACA